AUGGACUGGAAGACCGUCGCGGAUCUUGUGGCGGACUAUAAGACAGCCUCUCACCAUGUCGCACAGUGGCUAGUCAACAACACUAGAGGACAUGUCACAGAUGCUGCUCUUGCCGCCUACAUAGAGCGUGCUGCACAGCACGGCAACGGCAUUCAGCAAGUAUUCCUCGAUCCGCCUGACUUAAUCCAGCUUUCUGGAGACGUGGAGAGGCGAGCAACCGUUUCUGGACAGGCGCCGUUCGACAUCACUGCAGCCAUCUCUGUGCUGAAAAACGCCAUCCGUGGGCGCAAGGGGGCUGCGGAGUGGUAUAGGGUCCGAGGCAAGAAGGACAAAGAGUCACUCGAGCGCGAUGAGAAGCACAGCCAAUUCAUUGGUACUCAAAGCGAGAUGCUCGCAUGCUUGCAAAGAGCAUAUCGAGCCACUCAACCCAUUGUCCAGCAGCCGAGACUACCUGCCAGGAUAGAGGAAUUGGUAGCCGGCUUCUGCCAGCUUCACGUGGAAGAGCCAGCGGAAGUCGGUCCUGCUAUAGCGGCACGCUUGACGAAGGAUGCUGCGCAUCUCGUUCAUGUCGACGAUGUCGGUGUACAGAUGCAAGUCGAACCAGAUGACAUGGCAUUCGCUCUCUGUACAUUGCUUGAGGAGUUCUUCAAGGCUCGUAAAGUGUUACGUGAGGCGUGGACGAGCUGCAAGAAUGGCACCCUGCCUAGCGAGUACGCCUUCGCGAUGAAGGAAGCUGCGAAUCAGCUGAUGCAAGCGAAUAUCGACCACUUCGCAGAGACACAUCCGGGCUUCGAUGAUUUCAACACGAUUGCAGAUUCUUUGGAGUUGAACAUCACCACAGAAGAGGGCGUCCUGCAGACUUUCGAAUGCAACGUGGAAGGUCUCACAUCUCAACUACUCUGUAUCGACGCCUGGAUCACGGUCAGUCUACUUCGGAGGCACAUUCGAACAGCUCAGCUGCCUAGGACCCAUAGAGCAGUCCGGGUCUUGGACCGUAACGUCAACGCUCAUCAUCCACUCUGUCUCAAGCUAUACGAAUCGAAAGUGGACGUUGAUGACCUUGCUGCCAGAUGGCAAGACGCUGGUCCGCAGGAUCUGUUCACGGCGCAGUACGCAGAGUUUCGUGCUUCAACCGACCAUAGAGUCUCUCUUACCUUCAUCCUAAUGUUACAGAACGAGAUCGACGCACUCGACAUACUCGGAGAAGGUAGAACACUUGUACUGGUCUCGCUUGUUGAUGUCACAGUCCAGGCACAGCUGUCGUCCGCCAGCAUUGAUGAGCUCAAGCGCCGGUACGAGCCGUGGGUACGACAUGAAGUUGACGAGACGCUCGACGCUGCUGCAAAAAAGAUACAACACGAUAUGCUGGAGGCGGCCGGCAAAGAUGUGGCUGAACUUUACGAGGUUGAACCAGCGGACUUCCUGAAGCGACCUGUCCAGAUCUUACCGACUCUAGGUACAGCCUACUCAUUGAACUUGACAACGCUUCUACACAGCAGCGGAGUCGAUCUCCUGAAUAUUGGCAACAUUGGCUUGGCAAUGGUUCACCUCUAUUCCAUUUGUAAAGCGUCCCAGCUGUUGUCCGAGGAGUGGAUAGACAUGGAGUUCUUCAUCAAGUCGCAAGGCGCUUUGUCGUUGGGCUUGAUUGAGGCGGUCCAUGCCACAGAGCCAAUGCUUACAGCUGCUAGGAAUUAUGGUUUCGCCAUGGGGUUGGAAGCGCACCAUUAUACCGCCGCGAAAGCCAGGGAGCCGAGAAAGCUGGGCAGAGUAUCCUUGACACUUGGAAGAAAGAACAUCAGGACCGUACAACUGUGCUCGACGUUCAUGAAGGAGCUACAUACUGUUCAAGCGGCGGCAUCAACGGUAGCCUUCUGCAUCUCUGAUGAACUGCCUUCUGUGCUGCACCACGUUGCCAAGGGCCUGGCCGCCGACAACCCCAGUCCUUUGGAUGCAAUCACGCUUGAGGCGGUUCGUGACAAUCGGCCCCUCACACCCGUGCAGUUGCUCUCCGCGCUGAAAAAGUCCUUGGGUAAUGACGACUUUGCGAUGCGCUUCGACUACUACAUCUUCUUCGCCACGCUCGUAGACAUCGUCCGCGAAGUGCAAUUGAUGCUUCAAGAAUCGAAGUUCGGGAAGGUACGGGAUGUUGGCAAGAAGGACAACCCAUCUCUUCUGGUGGACGACAUAUUCUGGCUUGCCGCUUGUCGAGAGCGCGACAUACUGGCCAACGAUGGUACAUCUCCAAUAAAUGAUUACAUCAGCAUGUGCGCGAAAAUAUUCGAUCGGCAUAUGGGCAAGGAUGGUUCGAGGCUCUACGACAUGGCCGUCGCUUCGCGCACAGAGCCGGCCUUGGACGAUGAAAUCGCGGUAGCACCAUGCGUCACGCCGGUCGGGCAUAAUGUGGUCCGCCUGAAGCUGAACGGAAAGAAGCUGACCCUGAAGGGCUAG